AUAAGGUCUAAUAUUCAUGGGCCGGCCUCCAGGCUUCAUUCAAUCAUUCCAUGAAUCCAUACAGUUCCACUCAGACAAAUCGAUUUCGCAUGGAAGCCCUAGAGUGAAGACGACGACUGAAUGUCCGGUAUCGCAAUUGCCAAAAAUACUGGUUUAUCACAGCUUGGAUUUGGCUUUGAACGUUGAAGAUGGUGUUGGUGCUGGCUUUAGGGGAUCUACACGUACCCCAUAGAGCACCUGAUCUGCCUGCAAAGUUUAAGUCCAUGCUUGUCCCUGGCAAGAUCCAACAUAUCAUUUGCACUGGAAAUUUGUGCAUCAAAGAAGUACAUGACUAUUUGAAGACUCUUUGUCCCGACUUGCAUAUAGCUCGAGGUGAAUAUGAUGAAGAGACACGAUAUCCGGAAACCAAAACACUAACUAUUGGUCAAUUUAAGUUGGGUCUGUGCCAUGGUCAUCAGGUUGUUCCAUGGGGGGACCUAGACUCUCUAGCCAUGCUUCAGAGGCAACUCGAUGUAGAUAUUCUCGUGACUGGUCAUACACAUCAAUUCACAGCUUACAAACAUGAAGCAGGUGUUGUUAUUAACCCAGGGUCUGCCACUGGAGCCUACAGCAGCAUCACUUAUGAUGUUAACCCCAGCUUUGUGCUCAUGGACAUCGACGGCCUUCGUGUUGUGGUUUAUGUCUAUGAACUCAUCGACGGAGAAGUUAAGGUUGACAAGAUUGACUUCAAGAAGUCCACAGCCACAACUCACUCAUGAGGUUGUACCUUUUUUUUCUUUUUUUUUCCUUCUGUAUGUGCUUCCAAUUGUGCAUGUUUAUCUUAGAAUAUGACCAGCAUUGUUAUAUGUAGGAUAAUAUUGUUUCUUACACCAAAGAGUAAUUUGGUGCGACUUUCAUUUGUUGGAAUAAGCUUUUGUUUUAUAUGUCCUUCGAUUGGUAUGAAAUGUAAUAGAAUCAAAAGGUAAAUUGGGCUUGA